AGCGCACGAGGCCACCAAAGCGCGGGGCACCACGCGUGACGUGAAGCAUGGCGACCGAGAAGAGCACACAACAAGCCAGUUCAGCACCGCUCACCCGACCAGCACCGCUUCCCACCGAUGACGAGGUGCUCCGGGGUAUGCUUAGCCGGCGCUACCAUUACGCCAAAGCGCACACGACCAGCACCUACCAGCACACCUUCCGCCGAAAGUCCCGCUGGGAGUUGAUCCGAUUGUCCCUGCUCAUCGUCGGCAUCGAGUGUACGUACGCGACGGAGACGGCCUUCGUGGCACCGAUCCUGUUGGCCAUCGGACUCCCGCACACACUGAUGACGAUGAUGUGGGCGAUGCCACCGAUCGUCGGUGUACUGUUUGUCCCGUUGGUCGCCUCGGUCAGCGAUCGGUUACGGUUCCGGUGGGGCCGCCGACGGCCCGUCCUGCUCCUGCUCGGUAUCGCGAUGCUACUCGGUAUGCUGCUGUUACCACACGGGCGCCAGAUCGGGCAAGCGGUCGGAUUGCAGACCGUCGCCUGGAUUGCCACCAUCACGACGAUCGGUCUUACGACGACCGACUUUGCGGCCGAAGCAUCGAAUGGCCUUUGCCGGACGUACGCGAUGGAAGUGUGCACGAUCCGCGAUCAGGCCCGGGUACUCAGUACGAUGAUGCUGAUCGGCGGAUUGGGCGGUAUGCUCGGUUAUCUGUUUGGUGCGAUCGAUUGGAGUGCACUCCCGAUUGGUGAGUACUUUGUGAGCAACGAGGCGGCCGUCUUCACGGCGAACUGGUUCGUGUUGCUCGUCGGGUUGGUCAGUACGUUGACGAGCUUCCCGGAGAUACCGUUGCCGGUGCAGGAAGCGGAUGAGCUGCUGCGUCCCGUGACACACCGGAUGUUGCAGCAUGAAGUGAAGCGACUGAAGGAGGGUGAUGGGACGGAACGGGUGCUCGUGACACCGGAGCAAACGGAGUCGAUCGGGUUCCGGAAGUUUGUGAGGAAUAUUGUGCAGAUGCCCAGAUCGAUGAAGCUGCUCUGCCUCACCCAGUUCCUGUCCCAUAUGGGGUACCUGCCGUACUGUUUGUAUUUUACGGAUUUCGUCGCAACGCAGGUGUACGAUGGUGACGUGCAGGCACCAACAGGGUCGCUGGAGCUGGUACGCUACGAGGAGGGCCUGCGGUUUGCCUGCUGGGGAAUGGCGCUGUUUGCGGCCUGUGCCUCACUUUACUCGCUCGUGAUAGAGCGGCUAAUCGAGCGGUUCGGUGCACGGGCCGUUUACGUUGCUGGAUUGACCGCACACUGUGUCGGCAUGCUGGCGAUGGCGUUCGUGCACGAACGGAGCAUCGUGCUGGUGUGCUGUGCCCUUACCGGCAUCAUGUACGCCACCAUCUACUCGAUCCCGUUCCUGCUGAUCUCGCACUAUCACUCCAAGAACUCGUUUGCGAUGGAGGAUGGCAAGUGCGUGGAAAGUGCGGAGGCGCGCGGUUUCGGUGCCGAUGUGUCGAUGAUGAGCAGCGUCCUCUGUUUGGCGCAGCUCAUCGUGUCGCUGGUGAUGGGCGCCCUGAUCGAUGCCGCCGGAACGACGACCGUCAUCAUCUUUACGGCGAGCGGCUGCACCCUGCUGGCGGCCAUCUCCGCGAUGAACCUUCUCUACAUGGAUCUCUGA